AUGCGCGCUGCCAGACUGUCUCUGCGCCCCACGAUAUCUCUAUUGGAUUUUGUGAACCGCCACGGCGCUUCAAUUCGUUCUGACCGGCUGCUAUCGGACAAACAGCGAAGCGUGGCACUCAUAUCGAACUCGGAUGUCAUUUAUGACAAUCUCGCCACUGAGGAGGCACUUCUUCGUGGUGUCGUUCUACGGCGGCAGGAGGCCCUUCUCCUCAUGUACGUUAACAAACCUUGUGUGGUUGUCGGGCGCAACCAAAACAUAUUCUCUGAAGUUGCUCUGCGAGCAGCACAUCACGAUGGCGUGAGCAUUGCGCGCCGCAACUCCGGUGGUGGUGCAGUUUACCAUGAUUUGGGAAAUGUCAGUUUUUCUGUGUUCACUCAUCGUGACACUUAUGAACCGAAGCGAUCUAUUCAGCUGUUACGCUGGCACCUUUGCCGAGAAUUCGGGAUCGGCCCCGAGCGAAUAACAACGACGAAGAGACACGAUUUAUUUCUCGACGAAAUGAAGAUCACGGGUUCAGCAAUGCGCGUUCAGAGGGAUAUUGCUUGCCAUCACUUUACAUUAUUGGUUUCCUCGUCAGGUAGUCGGUUGGGUAAAUACUUGAAGCGCGAGGGGGAUUACAUAUCCUUCACCACGGCGGCUGUGGGAUCUGUCUGCUCGCGCACGACAACACUAAAGGAAGCCGGUGUUCUGACCGAUUCGGCAAGCGCAGACCCCGUUAAUUUCAUCUUAAGAUCCAUGGCGGGAUUCUUUGUUGAGCACUCGUGGGAUAUUUUGGCGCAUAAGGCUCCAUGGGAGACUAACCCUCUGAACUUUGGCGAUAACGUGGACACGGUGGAGUCAAAGCGAACUCGCGAAUGCAGGGAAACUGCUGCUGUUUUUACGCUGGACACUACCAAAGCCAUAGCGGACGGAACGGUGAUGAUCGAUGGUGAAAACAGACGUCCCUGCGCCGGGGCAUCCAAAACAGUGCGCGAGGAAUGUGUGCGUCUGCAAUCUCUUGGUUGGCUUUUUAACAUGCCUAAGUUUGAAACGCGCGUUGCGAUCACAUUAGCGGACAUCCUUGCAUCGGAGGAGACCUUCUCUAAACAUGCAGCUCUUCCCCCUUCAUUAAUAGCGUGGUUAUUACAGUCGUGCACACGUGUGGACAUUAUCACACUCAUUGAAAAUCGCCGUGUGACAUCCAUAACGGCUUAUUGGAUAAAACAAGGGGAGCCGGCGCCGGAGCAGCCAUGGUUCUCUUGCCUGCUUCGGUACUUAGUUGAGGGCAGGUACGUUGAUAACGUAUUUGCUGAUAUGGGGGGGAAAUGUUCGGUUUUGGCGGCGGCAAUUGAUUUGGAGUGCUCACAAAUUAUUAGUGGUUUGCCCGCUAUUAUUUCCCAGCUUUCUGCUGGUGGUUCCAGAAAUGGUGAGGCUGUGGGCUCUGUAAUCUCUUUGGCGGAAGAAAGAGAACGCAGUCACGAUGUCAUCCAACGUUUUCUACAAGCUGUGUUGGAUGUCUGGCGCCGUAAAAACGUCUUCUACCCCAUAAGUUAUUAA